ACCAUCUGCCUGGCUGUGCCUGCUGUGUUUCGUGCAUGGGCAUUCGAACGCAUCGAAGAAAGCGCUGCAGCGUCUGUGGUUCUACGUGUCGGCGUGUGCAUGCAGGCAGACCCGGCGCACGAGACGCCGACAGGACGCAGCUCGCGUCUCUCUCACUUCAAGCCGAACCGGCGCUGGCCAGUUUUCAGACGCUGCGCUUCGCCGGUGAGGAGAAGGCCCCAAAGAGUCGGCGGCAUCUUUUUCACCCGCGACGUUUUCAGCGAAGCACGUCGACGCCGUACAGCACAGAAGCGAUGCAAGCGAGCGAUUUUCUAAAGAUGGUCCUUGUGAAAAGAGAACUAGAUGCCAGAGCGUCGUCGCGCCCUCGAGAACAACUGAGUGCGAGCCAGGCCGCACGCCACCGUGACAUCGAGAAGGCCGUGGGCUACGCCCGGAAGCGCCUCCGGAAGAAGGGCUACCAGAAUUGGUGGUCUUGGAAGCGCGAACAGGAACGCAACGGGAAGCAGCCGAAGCCGCAGCCGAAGCCGGCCAGCGAGAGCCAUUGCAGCGUGUGCGAAAAGCCGACGCCAACCAGGAGCGUCGAGGUGGACCACGCCAUGGAGCACGCGUCCGAGCUGUCCUACCGAUGCGACGAGUGCGGCAAGUUGUUCGCGCGCAAGCUCGAGCUCGAGUGGCACCUGCGGCAGCACACGGGCGUGUGCACGCUGCCGUGCGGCCUGUGCCCCGCGCAGUUCCUGAACGGGCGCCUGCUGAGCGCCCACCACACGAGGCACCACGGGCUGGGGACCUCCAAGUGGCACCGCUAGAAGCCCAAAUGAGCCAAGCGAACAUGGCACUCUGAAUGAAAGUACACCGCGUAGCUCCGUCACGUCCUCCUAGGAUAUGGUACCGGUACUCUAUGUCCUCGUAAUUCACUCAGUAUCUUGUGGCAAGACACGCAACGAUGGCUCAAUGGUGUGGACGAUAGGUGUGUGGGCUUCUGUAUUUGCAAAUGUUGCUCGUGCUUGAGUGUUCCCUUCCUUCUGACAGAUACCAAGAAAUACAAAGACGUGACGUCAUCGUGUUGUGUGCCGUGUGCUUAGCGCAGUUUGCCACCAGAACAUACACGACUAGCUCAUCAGGCAUGAUAUCUUACUUUGUUUUUUCUCUUUUUUUCUGGGGGGGGGGGGGGGGGGGU